UUUAUCCCAUGUGCAAUUAAAUUUUAAUGAACAUAAAAAAUAUUUUGUAAAUUUAUUUUCAAGUUCACAAAACAUGAACUUUCGUGGUAUGGAUUGUUAUAACAGAAGCCUUCUUUUGGUUAUCUUAAUUAUCCCUCUGACUAUAUACCUGUACCUUCAAAUGAGGAACGGAACCCCAACGAAGUGGACAAUGCCAAAGCCAAUGUCCCACAAUAAUUCUCAGGCACAGUUUACUAAGAACUCCCAAAAACCCACACAGCUGCCUCAUGCAACUUUGGCCGACACUCCUAGAAUCAGCACUGAAGAAUGGGAAUUCCUGUUAGAGAUGCUCAAGUGGCCUUCACCCACCAUAGAAAACCCCACCCCCACUGAAGCCACAGACCCACGCAAAUGCACCUUCACUGUGCUUAAUUGGAAGGAUAACUACACUGUAGGGGACUUUGUAAAUGUAUCAGUGGUCGCAAGAAAUGGCAGAGGAGUUCCUAAAAUAUAUGGAGGGGACUUCUUCCAAGCCAAGUUAUACAACACAGAGCUCAAAGCUAGUACAUUUGGUCUUGUGGUAGACCAUGACAAUGGGACCUACUCAGUCAGUUUUGCACUCCUUUGGCCCGGCCCUGCCCACUUUUCUAUCCGGCUGAUUCACUCCAGCGAAGCUGUUCAGGUAUUGAGCCGGCAUAGAGAGCGGGAUCCGGACAAGGUCUUCUUCACUGGAUACUUUGAGGAUGGGGAUAUAAAGGAGAAUGUGGUGUGCAAUGCCAUGAAGAGCCCACGGCUGGUGGGGGAUGGAAGCCACUGCUGCUGUGAACACCGUGACCCUCGCAGCGGGGAGGUCUGGUUCUGCCGCCGACCCGCCUCUCUGCCAUGCAGUGCUCUGGUCUACCACAGCAUGGGGAGGUACCAAGCCCAACUGUCCACAAACGAGUCCAAGAUCCUAGGCAGGGUAAAUCUGGUUGUGGAUGGAGGGGGAGGAGGGGUUGAGGAUGGUAAUGAAGAUUCCUAUUGGGCCUGGCCCACAAAUACGUGCAGAAGUAACAUCGUGGACUCUGCCAUGUCUCCAGUGAUUUCCAGUCAGGCGACUGAAGAACACAGUUUGACCGAAGACAAUUCAGAUAGUCCCAUGCAAUCUUCACCAGCUCCUUCAUCGUCUACGUCCUUUGCUGGCAAUGUGGAAGCUCGUAGUACCCCCACUGCAGGUGAAACCAAAAAAUGUGUGUCAGGUCUGAACACACCAGUACCUUCAGGGUUCUUCUUCAAGGACCACUGGACGUCAUUGGUGUGUCGCACAAAGACCUUCUCCAAAUCAGAUGUGAUUCGCUGCCUCACAGGCAAGCAGAUAUACAUGAUGGGAGACUCCACCCUGCGGCAGUGGUUCGAGUAUCUGGGGAAAGCUGUGCCCAACGUGAACCGUCUGGCCAUCAUCCGCAGGUCAGUGGUGUCUCUGCUGCAGAGGGCUCCUCGCACCCUGGUCAUCAUCAAGUCGGCCAACACGGGCUAUAAGGACAUCUAUGGCAGUGACUGGCUCUCCUGGCAGCUGGACUGUGCUCUCAGGGCCAUGUUCCAGGGGCUGGCUGUUGUCCUGAUAGACACGUGGCAGAUGACAUCCUGCCACUACUCCCCUGAUGUGAUUCAUCCAGUUUCCGUAGUUAUCGGGAAUGAGGUAAACCUCUUCCUGUCUUUCAUCUGCCCUCAAUGAGAUUUGUGGACUAUUUUGAAUUAUAUACAUAUAUACCUUGGUUGUCUUCAUUUACACUCACUUUUACAGUACUUAAAUUUAGAUAUGCCACAAUAUCAUUCAUUUUUAUGAUCUGAUCCUGAUAACAAUAUUAAUAUUUUGAGUAUCUCCCGACACCAAUACCAAUCUGAUAUUUUUUCCUCUUUAUCAACUACUCAGCAUUUACUGAGAUAUUUCUAUAAAUACAUUUCAAUUAACAUUGCAAACUAUCGGCAUGUAGUGAUGUACCAGCAUUUUUGAGUACUCUAAGAACAGAAAAACAUAAUGGUCAUGUUGCUCAAACAAAAGCUAUGUCACUCUGCUGUAGUAAGAAAUCCAUGGCCAACUUGAUUUACACAAGUCUUGUUUUAUUCAGUGACACCUUUCACAAAAGUGAAUAGAAAUACAGUGGUACCUCGGUUCUUGAACUCACUAGAACUCGAAUUUCUUGAAAAUCGAACAAAUCAGUUAAACCUAGAACUCGAUCUGACAUCAGAAGUCGAACCGUGAACGGUGACCUAAU